ACGAAAGUAGCCUAUAGGCUGCUAUCUGCUAACAACAACAAAAUAAAAGCAGCAUAACUGCGGUCUGUUCACAUCGAACUAUUUCCAAUGUCCUUUAACAACAGAUCUAGUUUUUCAACAUUUUUCGCAUGGCAGUGGCUGUGUCGUCACGGGUGUCCGUGUGUAAUCUUACGGGAGUAUCGGUUACCUGCGCCAGUGUGCGUGUUUCCUCGCGCAGUCCGGCAUCUCAAAUCCAGUCGAGGCGAUCCAAGUGGAGUUACUGAAACCGGAGAGCCAUGGACGAGGAGGCUCAGGACAGCGAGUGUCCGGUGUGUUACGAGAGUCUCACGGACAGCGCCAGGUCUCUCAGCUGCGGGCAUCACUUCUGCCACGACUGCUUAGUGCGAACCCUGGUCAAUACCAGCCUGAACGGAUGCAUUAGACGGGACUCUAUCAUCUGCCCUGUCUGCAGACACCUGACAUUCAUCAAGAAACUCCACGGAUUCACAGUUUCACCAGAUGAAGCCAAAAGGAUCGGAAGGACACUGGAAGUGCCUCCUGUGCCCACUCCUGUAUUUCCUGGGAAUGCUGUUGGGACUCACAGUGGAGGUCUUGGCUGUAUCUGCAGAUGUCUAAGGAGGAUUUCAUGUAGACUGUGUAGACGAAAACUCGUCUGUCCUAAGGACGCUUCAGAAGUGUUCAUCAUAAGUGAAAUGGGUCGACCCAUGACAGAACGGGAUGUUAUUGACAUUGGGACAACUUCAGCCAUGCAGCAGGACUACAGAGGCCAUGGACAGAGGCUCUGCACCAUCUCCUGCUGCCUUCUGAUCUUAAUGAUCACUUUCACCUUACUGGCUCUGGUGGCUGCAACACUUCCAUGGGUUCUGCUGGCAUGAAGGGUCCUGAACUGCGUGUAUGUGUAAGAUCAACAUCUAUACAUUAUUAUUAAGCCAUGCUUUCUCGUGUGUUUCUGAAAAAGAGAUUCACAAGUCACAAUGAAUGUUUAAUGAAGAACAGGCGGUUAUUGUGGGAUCAUUUCCAAGGCUUGUUCUGACAUGUCUUCUGAAUGUCUCGGAGGGAUUAGAAGGUUUCAUUACAAAACAAAGUCACUGUAUAGUGUUACUUAAUGGAUAAACAAGUAUCUGAAUCUACAAAGCUGUGAGGAAAACUGGAGAUCUUGAGCCUGACACGCUUCCCGCAUUGAGUUACUGAGGAGACGGCCAUUUAAACCUUGAGAAGCAAAGAUGAGCUCGUCGUCUGGUUGUCACUUGAUCUUGGAGAAACACUGUGGGAUACAGUUACAACUACCAUGGACACAGCAGGUUUGAGAAUGGACAAAGGGAUAGGGUGUGAUGAUGAGGCUUUACUUUGAGAUUUUCUCUGCUUGCAUUGCCUGGAAGGAAUGAUAUACACGCCCUCGCUUGUCCAGAAAUUCUUGUCACACAGGCUAGAUCCAGCCCUGAAAAGACUAAUACCUCACAUUCUACACAAGUUUGUUUCUGUGUGACGUACCUGUGCAGCAAUGCUAUCUCAACGCACAUCUGAACCCUUACAAAUCUUCUGUGUUCAUGUUUGUACUGUAAGUUCAUCUCAUUGACUACCAGAGGACAAAUUUAUUGCUCAGAAGUUUCUUUCAUGGCUCAGGUGACGUAAUGGAUUUCUCCAUUUUAAGCAUCAAUUUGUCUGAUGUUUCUUAUAGGAAUUUCAGUCAUUUUUUCCUCCAUAGGGAAAGUGUUUUAAGCCAUAACCAAACCAAACCAAUCAGAGGUGAAUCACAACAUUACAAAAGUUUAUUUGAAUCAAAAAAGUAUUUGAAAAUCAAACAAAAAGACAUUUUGUUUUUAAUGACCCUACAAAUAUGAUUAAACCAUCAGAAUAUGAGGAAAAUAUUUUUAAAUGUGAGAGGAACAAAAUACUAUACUUGGUUCAGAUAUUUAUCUGACAAAAUUAUUUGGCAAAAGAAAACUAGCUACAGGUUUUAUUUUACUUUGCAAAACAAAUAGAAAAACAAGAAGCUCACAGUUAUUAGUAUUUUGUUGGUCUUUCUUCAUAAUUUCUUUCUACACUGUAAAAAAAUAUUUUGAUGAUUCAUCACAACAUUUUUUCUUUUGUUAAAUCAACUUACAUAAUUAAUGUGGUUCAGAUAACUUAAUAUUUUGAGUUUCUGUUGAUUAAACCAAUCACCUUCAUUGUAUUAACUCAACAUUUUUUUAUUUCAAUGAACUCAAAAUUUUAAGGCAAUCAGGUUUAUUACUUAAGUUACACCAACAGUUCUUUUUUUACAGUGUAUGACAGCCCUGGCCAAAAAUGACGUCCGCACAAUUUGGCAUUUUUCAUUGCGUUAUCACAGAUCAAUAUCGUCUCUAAGCACAACUACGUAAUAUGCUUACAAAAUCUUUAAAGUCGGCAGGAAAUCUAAAUUGACCCCAUUAACUUUGUUAGUGCAUAUUACUAGUCUUGUGGUGAACAAUUAAUCCGUGCAAGUUAAUACACAGAAAAAAUUUUUUUGUCUUGGUAAUCUUUAAUCAAAAUCUGAAAAAUUACUUCCGGUCUGGA